UAUUCUUUGUUUCGCGAUGGUAGUUAUCUUUGGUGAUCGUUCACCGAGGGUAAGGCUUAAAAUAUCAAUGCUGGUCAGACGGGCAAAGCCGAAUGCUGAUGGUUACGAGUCCAUGUCGCGCAUUAGGGCUCUUUGUCAUUCGGCUGUCAUCCUUCGAAGCACACUCCUCCCCAUUUUGGGACUCGAGUCUUGAUAUAGUUUCUUAUUCUGGGACUGUCCGUACCUUUUUCGUCUUUCAACGUUUGACUUACCCCCGUUUCAAAGCUAGCCCUGUCAUGAUCCUCGAUCCUCGAUGGAUGGAUAAUCUUAAGGGGAUGGUGGGGGAGGACACGGAUGACAAGUCCACUAGGUUAACCAUCUAUGCAAGCUCCAGCCCUACGCGAGAAGCUACACAGUCAGUAGACGAGAUGGUUUAAUUCAUGAAGACUCACAUACAUAGGUACCUAGGUAGUUACCGGAUAUCAUGAUAGUUAUGAUGGUAGUGUCAGCUAACCUACUGUGUUUACUAUGCAAUCUUUGACUAAUAUAGUCGCCACGUAUCUUUUUCUGAAUAAUAUUCGGAUAAACGGGAAGACAUCCAGAGAAUAUUCCAUCUUAUUUUCCUCUAA